AUCUCGCGCAGCAAGCCACUGUAUUCCUAACUUGAGCAGAAAGAAAAGAAACCCUGCAAAUGCUUUUUCUAAACGCCCGCACUCUCUUCCUCUGUAGCAUUGAUUAGCAGAGGGAUAGGCACAUUGGUGGAGUGUGAAACGACAUCGUAGUAUCUGAAGAAGAGACAUACGCAGCGCAAAAAAUGUUUAGGAACCAGUACGACACCGACGUCACUACUUGGAGCCCCGCCGGAAGGCUCUUCCAGGUAGAGUAUGCCAUGGAGGCCGUCAAGCAGGGUUCUGCGGCAAUCGGGCUCCGAUCUAAGACCCACGUGGUUCUCGCUUGUGUCAACAAGGCUAAUUCCGAGCUCUCAUCUCACCAAAAGAAGAUCUUCAAGGUCGAUGACCACAUCGGCGUCGCCAUCGCCGGCCUCACCGCCGAUGGUCGCGUUCUUUCACGGUACAUGCGAUCCGAAUGCAUUAACUACAGUUUCACGUACGAGUCCCCACUUCCGGUUGGUCGACUCGUCGUUCAACUCGCUGAUAAGGCCCAGGUAUGCACUCAACGCUCUUGGAAACGACCUUAUGGUGUUGGACUGCUGGUGGCUGGCUUGGAUGAAUCUGGAGCUCACCUCUAUUACAAUUGCCCUAGUGGGAACUACUUUGAAUAUCAGGCAUUUGCUAUUGGAUCUCGCUCUCAAGCUGCCAAGACAUACUUAGAGCGCAGGUUUGCGAACUUUGCAGACUCUUCACGGGAUGAUCUGAUUAAAGAUGCUCUCAUUGCAGUUAGAGAAACCUUACAAGGAGAAACACUCAAGAGUUCCAUCUGCACGGUUGCUGUAGUAGGAGUUGGGGAGGCAUUCCAUGUACUGGAUCAGGAUACCGUACAGCAGUUAAUUGAUGCAUUUGAGAUUGUUGGAGAACCAGAAGGUCCUGCUGCUGAACCUGAACCUGAACCUGAACCUGAACCUGAUGCUGCUGCUGAGGAAGGUACAACUGCUGAUCAAGGUGCUGCACCUGACCAGGGUGUGGCUCCAAUGGACAUAUGAGGAUGCAAGAAAUGACAGCUGCUUCUCUGUCCUAGUUUUAGUUGAUGUUUUCAAACACAUUUGGAGAAUUUAGUUGAAAAUGAAUGGCACCUUGGAAGACAUAAUUUUCUUGGAUUAAUUUAUGCAAUUUAUCUUUGCCUUGUU